CAGCUAGCCUCUGUGAGUAAUAUAAGGAGCAGUGGAUGUUCGCGUGUAGCGGUUUCAGCUCCUGAUCGCUCCAAUUCCACAUGAUUUGAGCUUAUUAGAAUUCGGUUCGUGUAUCAGGAUCCAUGUGGAGUUUGUAGGUGUGAUCUGUGUGUUUGAGGUGAAGAUGCCGGUUCACUCUAAGGAGAAGAAGGAGAACAAUCAGGAGGAGAUGGAGGUGGAUUACGGGGAGCAGGAUGGGAGCAGCUCUGAGGAGGAGGAGACCGACACCACGUCCGGAUCUGAAGAGGGAGAAAGCUCGGAGAUGGAUGACGAGGACUGUGAGAGGAGGAGACUGGAAUGUCUGGACGAGAUGACCAACCUGGAGAAACAGUUUACGGAUCUGAAGGAUCAGCUGUAUAAAGAACGCCUGAAUCAGGUGGACGCCAAACUUCAGGAGGUGAUAUCAGGAAAAGCAGCCGAAUACCUGGAGCCUCUGGCUAACCUACAGGAGAACAUGCAGAUCAGAACUAAAGUCGCUGGUAUUUACAGGGAGCUCUGCUUAGAGUCAGUGAAGCAUAAAUACGACUGUGAAACUCAGGCAGCGUUUCAGCACUGGGAGAGUGAGAAGCUGCUGCUGUUCGAUACGGUUCAGACUGAACUGGAGGAGAAGAUCAGACGGCUGGAGGAGGAUCGACACAGUAUAGACAUCACCUCAGAACUGUGGAACGAUGAACUACAUUCCAGGAAAAACAAGAAGAAAGAUCCGUUCAGCCCGGAGAAGAAGAAAAAGCCUGUGGUGGUGUCAGGCCCCUACAUCGUUUACAUGCUGCAUGAUCUGGAUAUACUGGAGGACUGGACCGCCAUCAGGAAGGCCAUGGCCACUCUGGGACCCCAUCGAGUCAAACCUGACGUUCCCACGCCUAAGAGCGAGAAGCACCAGCACAGCGCGCGCUCGGAGGACGGGCGCCUGUUCUACGACGGCGAGUGGUACAGCCGAGGACAGAACAUCUGCAUCGACAAAAAGGACGAGUAUCCUACAAGUGCCACAAUCACCACGAUUAACCACGACGAAGUUUGGUUCAAACGCGCCGACGGUACCAAAUCCAAACUCUACAUCUCGCAGCUGCAGAAAGGAAAAUACACCAUCAAACACGGCUAACCCGCACCAGCGUCCACCUCAAGCGCCCGCUCCAUCGUGCCACGUACAUGUACAGCGCCCGACACGCCCGUGUGAUAUAGCGUUAUCUCUCUGAGUAUUGAUUAUUGAUCCGGUUGAUUAUUUGUUUAUUUUUUUUACUCAUCUGUGACGUGCUGAACGUUUUUUUUUUACAUUUCUGCCUCAUUUCACGUUGUUUUUUUGUAAAUACGCCCCCCCCCCCCCCUCUGUGCCAAUAUUAAAGAUUUCAAACCACAA